GUUACUUGGCUGAAAGGAGGAGGAACUGGCAGCGGGGAGGAGGCUCUAGCGAGGCCUGAAAGGCUGCGUAACCAGGCAGGAGUAGGGGUUGGGGUUCGGGGUUGGGGGACAGCCAGGGAUCGCGUCUGAUAUGCUGUUGGGGUCGUGACCGUCUGGGGGCCGAGGCAGGCACUGGCCAGACCCAGCCAGGGAUCCUCGUAUUCGUCGAGCCUAAUUUCCAGCAGCCGGGUAGGCCUCACCAGAGGCUCCUUUCCGUGAGGCCGCCCCCAAUUCCUGCCCCUAUUCUCUGCCUGGGAGAUGGCUUCCCCGAGCCCCCCGCCGGAGUCGAAGAGAGACUUGAUAAAUCGGCCUGAGAAAAUAAGUAAUGCUCCAGACUAGCUCUCUCAUUUGUGAGUUCUCCAGGUGAAGCACCAUUUUUGACCUUCCCUUGUGUCUUCUGUUCCUGGCACUGUGCCUGGACCCCAAGGGGUUGCUGACAUUUGAGGAUGUGGCUGUGUUUUUUACCCAGGAGGAGUGGGAUUAUCUGGACCCAGCUCAGAGAAGCCUGUAUAAAGAUGUCAUGAUGGAGAAUUAUGGAAACCUGGUCUCACUGGAUGUUUUGAACAGAGAUAAGGAUGAGGAGCCAACUGUAAAACAAGAGAUUGAAGAAAUUGAGGAAGAAGUGGAACCACAGGGUGUAAUAGUUACAAGAAUCAAAAGUGAAAUUGACCAGGAUCCUAUGGGUAGAGAAACAUUUGAACUUGUUGGUAGGUUAGAUAAACAAAGAGGGAUCUUCCUAUGGGAAAUACCAAGGGAAUCUUUGACCCAGGAACAGAGAAUGUUCAGAGAAAACACUAACAUUAUCCGUAAAAGACCAAACUCAGAAGAGAAAUGCCAUAAAUGUGAAGAAUGUGGAAAGGGUUUUGUCCGCAAGGCCCAUUUCAUUCAACAUCAAAGGGUCCAUACUGGUGAGAAACCUUUUCAGUGCAAUGAAUGUGGGAAAAGUUUUAGUCGCAGUUCAUUUGUUAUUGAACAUCAGAGAAUUCACACUGGGGAAAGGCCCUAUGAGUGUAAUUACUGUGGAAAAACCUUUAGUGUGAGCUCAACCCUUAUUAGACAUCAGAGAAUCCACACUGGAGAAAGACCCUAUCAGUGUAAUCAGUGUAAACAGAGCUUCAGCCAGAGAAGGAGCCUUGUUAAACAUCAAAGGAUUCAUACAGGUGAGAAACCCCAUAAAUGUAGUGACUGUGGGAAAGCCUUCAGUUGGAAAUCACACCUUAUUGAGCAUCAAAGAACUCACACUGGUGAGAAACCUUAUCACUGUACCAAAUGUAAGAAGAGCUUUAGUCGAAAUUCAUUGCUUGUUGAGCAUCAAAGAAUUCACACUGGGGAAAGACCCCAUAAAUGUGGUGAAUGUGGGAAAGCCUUUCGAUUAAGCACAUACCUUAUACAACACCAAAAAAUUCACACUGGCGAGAAGCCUUUUCUUUGUAUUGAGUGUGGAAAAAGUUUCAGUCGGAGCUCAUUCCUUAUUGAACAUCAGAGGAUCCAUACUGGUGAAAGACCUUAUCAGUGCAAAGAGUGUGGGAAAAGUUUCAGUCAACUUUGCAACCUUACUCGUCAUCAGAGAAUUCACACAGGAGACAAGCCCCAUAAAUGUGAGGAAUGUGGAAAAGCCUUUAGUAGAAGCUCAGGUCUUAUUCAGCAUCAGAGAAUUCACACCAGGGAGAAGACUUAUCCAUACAAUGAAACUAAGGAAAGUUUUGAUCCAAAUUGCAGUCUUGUUAUACAGCAGGAAGUCUACCCUAAGGAGAAAUCUUAUAAAUGUGAUGAAUGUGGGAAAACUUUUAGUGUUAGUGCUCAUCUUGUACAACAUCAAAGAAUCCACACUGGUGAAAAGCCCUAUCUAUGUACUGUCUGUGGGAAAAGCUUCAGCCGGAGCUCAUUUCUUAUUGAACAUCAGAGAAUCCACACUGGUGAGAGACCCUAUCUGUGCAGACAGUGUGGAAAAAGCUUUAGUCAGCUUUGUAAUCUUAUUCGACAUCAGGGUGUUCACACAGGUAAUAAACCCCAUAAAUGUGAUGAAUGUGGAAAGGCCUUUAGCCGGAACUCGGGUCUUAUUCAGCAUCAGAGAAUACACACAGGAGAGAAACCUUAUAAGUGUGAGAAGUGCGACAAAAGUUUCAGUCAACAGCGCAGUCUUGUCAACCAUCAGAAGAUCCAUGCAGAGGUGAAAACCCAAGAAACCCAUGAAUGUGACGCUUGUGGUGAAGCCUUUAAUUGCCGUAUUUCUCUUAUUCAGCAUCAGAAAUUGCACACAGCAUGGAUGCAAUAAAUGUAGAGCAAUACAUAAGCUCAAUUUGAUUUGAGACUAGUACCCAAGUGCAGUUUUAGUAUGGCUCAACAUGGGUCAGAUUUAGUGAUAAAGCAAAUUCUCCUUGGCCUCAGGCAAAUAGUUUCUAAAGAUUCUGUGAAUAGUGGACAACUGCCCAUGAGCAUUUGACUUCCCUUACUCUUUGAUGAUCGUAGAGAAAGACUUGGUAAUUUAUCUAAGUAUCUUUAAUAAAUCUUUCAGCAGAGAGAUUAAACCUUGGUUCAGAGCAUGGGUGCUCUGAGGGACAAAGUUGGAUUAGUAUAAGGGAGCUGGAGCAGCUGAUAGUGGAAAACAGAAUAAUGAUUCAAAGAGUCUUCUGUCACCAUGUCAUAUUGUGGUUCUUUCAGUUCCAUGAUAUGUUUGGCUCUGCAUGCCAAAGUCCAGUGAUUAAGCAUAUAUAAGUUGUCAAGGAAACAAAGCCCAAAUGUUUUUAAAACAAGUAUAUAGUUUUUGUCAUUGUUUAAGAAAGCCAGUUGUUUGGCAUGUGAGUUAAAGGCAGUUCCAAUGCCUGAUGGUUCCCAGAUCUAUGAAAUGAGUGGACCAUUAACCUUACAUGUAAAGAUUAUGUUAGUAAUUAAGAAACCUAACAAAGGUGUUACCAAGGAACCUUUGGGAGUGCCUUUUUUGUUUUUCAAGAUGGACCCAAAAAAGUGGAGGAAGAUAUUGUUCUUUUGUGCCCUCCUACCUGUGAGAGAUAUUUGUAGUCUUAUGUGAAUGAGCUUAUCCCUCCACAACCAGGUGCAUAUGAAAGUGUACAUAUUAUGACUGCCAAGAAUUGGAAAUGAAAAGACCUGGAGUCUAUGCUAGGAAGCUGAGAUAUUUUGGUAUUGCAUUGGUUUUUAUGGUAACUAGGUUUUGCAUGCAAUUAAAAAUCCUUAUUUCUUGUUCUAGGGCUUCCCUUAGUUAAUGGUUAUUAUAAACUUAUUAAUUCAUCUGUUUUAACCAUUAAAACCUGUUUUGUUUUUU